AUGUUAGGAACAAAGGUCUGUUUUGGUAGCUCGAGUCAGAGGAAGUUGAGGAAGAAUGAUACCGAUGACGAAAAGGAAGGCGAUAAUGGGAAGACGAAAGGUUGCAACUUGGGGAGGCUUUUCGCUAUCGAUACACCGAUUUGGCUGUUGGAUGAUGAAGGUGUGAGGCUGCUUGAGACCGUGAUUGUUAUUGCAGAGCAUAGGAAGCUGAUGCCUAUGACUGUGAUUGUGAUUGUUGCGACUCAUCUUCCUAUUGAGAUUGAAGAUGCUAUGACCUUGAUUGAUAUGCUUGAUCGUACUGGCAUUUCUUAA